GAAAUAAUCGCUGUUCUGUACGCAUUGUAAGAACGAAGACACGCAAUUACGUCAUUCGACGAUGUCUACGUAUAAGCUGAUCUCGUGGGGUGCAAACUCGCACGGUCAACUGGGACAAGAUACGAUAUUCGAGGAAUGCGUCUUACCUGAAGAGAUCAAUUUAUCCGAAUGCGGUCUCAGGCCGGAAUCCGUGAGAAAAAUUGUCGGUGGUGGCGGACACACGCUGAUAUUGGACGCGGAUGGUUGCGUUUACUCCUGCGGAUGGAAUGACAAAGGGCAAACUGGAGUCUCGGGUUCGGAGCAAACGAACGUUCUAACGUUCCGGAGGCUUUCCUUCGGCGAUGAGACGGUGGUUGACGUAUGCUGCGGAUGGGACAGUUCCGCCGCGUUGACGAAGAACGGCGACCUGUACCUCUGGGGCUCUAAUCGCUACGGACAGCUGGGCGACAACCCGUCGAUUCAUUCGUCAACCUCGUCGCCCAUGCGUACCGUCCGGUCAGAAAAGGUCAAACGUAUUUCCAUGGGUUUGCGGCAUACUGCUGUACUGACGGAUAAUGGUAACGUUCUGGUAUGCGGGGCGAACAGCAAAGGACAAUUGGGUCUUACUGGUGCGGAGGGUGGACAGUCUCGUGACGCUCGACAUUGUUUCACCGCAGUUCCAGGAUUGACAGGCAUGGAAGAUGUUGCAUGUGGCGAGCAUCACACUGUGGUCACGACGCAGCGUGGAGGCGCGUAUACCACGUAUUUCUUCGGCGACAACAAGCACGGGCAGGCGGGACUCGACCCUCGGGUAUGCGCGCGAAUUUGUCCCGCGCAUCGUUCCGUGCUAUACGACUCACGACUCGGUGCGCCGUUUCAAAUCCACGCAGGGUGGAGCCACACGAAUAUCUUGAGUGACGGCGCCGUUUAUUCGUGGGGAAGAAACAGUUAUGGUCAGUUAGGCCGCGGAAAAUCACAGGAGGGAUGCGAUUUCUGGACGAUGCAACGUGUCGAGAAUCUCCCGGGAAUCGUUCAGCUUUCGGUCGGAUCGGAGCACAACGUUGCCUUAGCCGAAGACGGGACGGUAUUUUGCUGGGGCUGGAACGAGCACGGCAACUGCGGCAACGGGAACACGAAGGACGUUCUGUUGCCGGAACGUCUACCGCUUCCACGCGACUCCAUCGGCGUCCUCGUCGGUUCUGGCGCGGGACAUUCCUUCGCUGUAAUAAAAACUACGAACUGACCUCAACAAUGUAAUAUAAAUCCGCUCUAAAUAAAUGUCAACUGACUUAUCUUCGCGCGAAAGGAUCUCGUACGCGAAUAAAGUUCGUAAUUUGUAU